GAGAAGAUGCUUAUGGCCCGAGACACGGCGCGGGAUGAGGCUCAAAAGCUACACAGGAAGUGGCUGAAGCACCAGGCCUUUAUGGCAGAGCUGGCCCGCAAUAAAGAAUGGCUGGCCAAGAUAGAACAGGAGGGUCUGGAGCUGAUCCAGGAGAAGCCGGAGCUGCGUCCGGUCGUCCAGCAGAAGCUGGAGGAGAUCAGAGAGUGCUGGUCCGACCUGGAGAGCACCACCAAGGCCAAGGCGCGCCAGCUCUUUGAAAACAACAAGCCUGAGCCGGCGGUGAAGAGCUACUCGGACCUCGACAACCAACUCUCCCAUCUGGAGCAGCAGCCCCCUCAGCUGGAGCAGGCGCACCACCUGCCCACCUUCAAUGAGCAGCUGCAGAAGUUUCAGGCUAUGGAGUCUCAGAUAGGGGACUUUUACAAGGAUGUGGGGGAGCUGGGAAGCUUGCAGGGGGUCUGCCUACCCCAGCGAGGCCUGAUGGCAGGUGACAAGGGAAGCGGCGAGCAGUCAGGCAUGGUGGAGACGCGCAUCGUCCGCCUCAUUGAGCCCCUGAAGGAGAGACGCCGCAUCCUGCUGGCUUCCAAAGAGAUGCACCAAGUCGCCCAGGACCUGGAGGAUGAGAUACUGUGGAUUCAGGAGAGGCUUCCCCUGGCCUCCUGUAAGGAUUAUGGGAAUAGCCUCCAGAGUGUACAGCAGCAUGUAAAGAAGAACCAGACACUCCAGAGGGAUCUAACUGGGCGCCGCGCCCGUGUAGAGGAGGUUCUGGAUCGGGCGGGCAUCAUUGCUUCACUGAGGACUCCUGAGGUGGAGUUUGUACGUGAAGGCGCGGGUCACGUGCGCCAGCUGUGGGAAGUUUUGCAGCUGGAGACGGAGAGGAGGUCUGUGAUGCUGGACGCCAUGCUGCAGUCUCAGCAGUACUACAGCGAGGCAGCUAAAGUGGAGUCCUGGCUGUCCGGUCAGAAGCUCUAUCUCGUCAGUGAGGAAAAAGGCACGGAUGAGGCGAGCACUUUGCAGCUGCUGAAGGCCCACCUGGCUCUGGAGCAAACAGUUGAGACAUAUGCAGAGACAGUCGGCAUGUUAUCCCAGCAAUGCACGCGUCUACUGGAAAUGGGACAUCCAGACAGUGAGCACAUCACCAAGCAGCAGUCCCACAUAGAUCGGCUGUACGUGUCUCUGAAGGACAUGGUAGAGCACAGGAAGACCAAACUGGAGCAGCAGUACUGGCUCUAUCAGCUCAACAAGGAUGUAGAGGAGUUGGAGAGGUGGAUCACUGAGCAUGAGGCGGUGGCCAGUUCCACCGACCUCGGCCAUGACCUUGAGGACGUCACGGUGCUUCAAGAGACGUUCACCAAGUUUGCCGCAGAAACCAACAACAUCGGCCAGCGGCGCAUGGAGCAGGUGAACAAAAUGGUGAACGAGAUGAUCGACUGUGGCCACUCGGACGCGGCCACCAUCGCUGAGUGGAAGGAUGGACUAAAUGAGUCUUGGGCGGACCUCCUGGAGCUGAUGGAGACCCGCCGACAGAUGCUGGCAGCUUCGCACCAGCUGCACAAGUUCUUCACCGACUGCAAAGAGGUCUUGGCUCAGAUCGCAGGGAAGAUGAAGCAGUUGCCAGAGGUGAGGGCUUGCCAGGCCAACAUCACCAAUCCAGCCACCCUGCAGAGACUCAUGCACUCCUUUGAGCAUGCCCUUCAACUGCUAGUGGCACAGGUGAGGCAACUCCAGGAGAACGCCGGCCAGCUGAGGACUAUCUAUGCUGGUGAGAAGGCUGAGGCCAUCAUGGCCAAAGAGCAGGAGGUGAUGGAGGCGUGGAAGGAGCUGCUGAGGUCCUGUGGGGCUAGUCGUGUCCAGGUUACUUCAGUGACCGAUAAGGUGCAGUUCUUCUCGGUAGUGCGUGAAAACCUGAUGUGGAUGGAAGGCAUCAUGGGCCAGAUAGGUUGGGAUGAGCCCAGGGAUUUGACAGCUCUGGAGGUGAUGAUAAAACAACACAUGGAGCUGAAAGCCAAAAUAGACGGCCGGAGCAAGACCAUACAGCAGUGUGCGGAUCUGGGCAAGAUCCUGAUUGCUGCAGGAAACCCUGCAUCAGAAGAGAUCCAAGAGAAGCUGGACAGUCUUCUGACUAAGCAGAAGGAUCUUGUUGAAAAAUGGGACAAGCACCAGGAAAGGUUGCAGCGCAAGCAGGAAUACUUCCAGUUUGCCCAGGAGACGGUGAGGGCGGAAGCCUGGCUAAAAGCCAAGGAGCCGCUGAUCACCUCCAAGCAGCCAGAAGGAGGAGAGGCCCCGGCCCAAACAGACGAGGCUGAGCAGCUCAUCCUCCGUCACGAGGCCUUCCGCAAGGCUGCUGUAACCUGGAAAGAACGCUUCAGCUCCCUCCGCCAGCUUUCCGCAGCUGAGAAGAAGAAAGAGGAGGAGAAAAAGACAACUCCACUGUCCAGCAGAAGGAUGUUCCCAUUAUCUUGUCUGACUCCAAACGUUGCCUCAACCAGUGCUACCUCACCUUUCUUGAGGCAGACGGUACAGGCACAUAUAGAACCCAAACCCUUACAGACCUGUCUGGAUAUGGGUGCCACUCCGGCCACCCAGAGAUUGUCCUCAACGCUAGCCAACUACAAGCCAGUCAUAAAUGGAUCAGGCUACCACGGUCAGGAACAGCAGUGCACUGGGAAGUUGAUGAGCUCCCCGUACCUUGGGAUGAACCACCAGGCAGCUGGAGGUGGAAGUGACUCCGGUUUCUCUGCAUUGACCUCCCAUGGUGGUGGAGCAGACACUUCUACUUACCUUGGACUAAACCAUCAAACUGUUGGCAGUGCAGAAAGCUCUGGGUAUUUUGGACUGACUGCUGGGUGUGUGGGUAGUAUCCAAAACCAUUUUAGCAGUGGCAGAUUAGGGAGUUCGGGUAAUUUAGCUCAGCAGCCAAGUAGUGGAGGUUUAGGAGGCCCUGGAUUACUCCCUCAACAGAAUAUGGGCAGUUCUGGAUAUUUGGCCCAAACACAAAAUAUGGGAAGUCCUGUAUACUUAGGACAACAGCCUAAUUUAGGGAGUUCAGGAUAUUUGGCACAACAGCCUAAUACGGGGAGUUCGGGAUAUUUGGCACAACAGCCUAACAUGGGGAGUUCUGGGUACUUGGUGCAACAGCCUAAUAUGGGUUCUGGAUACAUACCGCAGAAUUAUCAGAGCAGUGGGGGAUUUGGUAGCUCAAGCCUUCUGGCACAAAAUCAGUACAGCAGUGGAAGUCUGGGCAGCUCCAAUUACCUAGCUCAGAGUGGUGGCAUCAUGGACCCUAAAAUGGCAUACGCAUGGCAGCACCUCAAAGCUGACUUCAUGCAGCCCAGGAUCAACCACAUCCACAAGGCUGUAAACCCCCUGCUAGAAGCCAGCAGAGUGCAGCGGGAACAGUACGGUGACAUCCCAAUGGCAGACAUGAUGGGACCGGAGUCUGGGCUGGAGCUCCUCCAUGGCCGUCUCCAGAGGGAUCCCCGCGGUAGUCGCUCUGACCCUCAAAUGGACCAUCUGAGGAGAGAGAGGGAGUACAAGCUGGGUAGGCAGACCUCCAGUGAACAGGAGAUCCAGGCAAGGCUAAACGAGUUGCCAAUGAUUGUGCGUCAGGAGCGCUACAGGAGACGCCUGGAGAGACAGUCGUCCAGUGAACAGGAGGGAACGGGCAAGCCGAGGCUGCAGAGGCAGGACUCUAGUGACCUGGAGGGCUCCAUCAAAGAUGGCUCUGACAAGCGCUCAGGGGAGAAGAGAAAUACCAUGGCAGAGAUUGUAGAACAGGUCCAGGAGAGAGAAGCAGCAUCUGCACGGGGAGACCCCUAUCGGCCUCCUAGCAGCCUUUCAGCACCAGUGACUCGUUUUGACGGACGACCUCGCGCCCGUGACCGUCCAAAACCAAGGAGGAGGCCCCGUCCAAAAGAGCCUGAGGAGAACCGACGUUCUCGCUCAGCCCCAGCAACUGGAGCCCCAACGACACCCCAGCCACCCUCACUCAAUGCCCACAAUGAAGGCUUCCUCUAUCGCAAAAAGACCACCAGCUCUGACCUAGAAGUUCAGCAGAGGAGCCCCAACAGUAAGUCCUGGGUGAAUGUAUACUGUGUGCUGAAAGAGGGACAGCUAACCUUCUACAAGGAUGCCAGGAACCACAACACAACGUACAAUGACGAGCCUCCCGUCGAGCUUAGUAACUGCUCAUUUGAUCCUUCAAUGGGAUACAAGAAAAAGAAAAAUGUUUUCCUUCUUCAAAUAAACGAUGGAACCUUCUUUGUAUUCCAUGCAAAGGAUGAGGAGGACAUGAAGGCGUGGACUUCCAACAUCACCGCGGGUAUAUCUGACCAGGAGCAAAUGGCCAAGUGGGACAAGCCCGGCACCUCGUCCAUGGACCCUGACCGCUCGGAGAGGAAGGAGAAGUCGGAGGGAGAUGCAGACGCCAGGUCAGAGAGGUCAGAGCUCGCUGAGGGGGAGGAGAGGUCCGAGAAGGAGAGGUCAGAGAAGGGGGAUGGCUCUGAGAAGUUAGACACGUCAGAAAUCGCUGACAAGCUGGAGGGCGGGGCAGGGGGCUCCAGCACGUCUGGAAAAAGCAAAUGAGGAGCCACUUUGUGUUUUCAUUUUACUCACUGACUAAAGGCGUAGGAGGCGGUGGGUGGGAGGGAUGGAUGGAUGGAGAGCAUGUGCAGCUAUAGGUAUGCAGAUCCUCAGUCAUAGAGCCGGAACACACUGAGGCCACAGUCCAUGGACUGACUACUGUAACUGUGACAGACUCAUCUCUCAGCCCCUCCCCUUCACCCAGGCAAUACAUCAGUGCUUGCAUUGCGCCACCUGCUGGUAGACAGCAGGUUGGCCCAGACAGACAGACACAGACAGACAGACUGACUGACUCCAGCAAGUGGUCCCAGGAAUUAGUCACUGUCAUGUCCCAUCGUUGAUCGUUUAAUCUUUUGGAUUCACAGCAUCCUUCUGUAUGUAUCUUUGACUGAUAAUGUAAUGCUCUGUCUAUCUAGACAAACCCAAGAAGUGGUGAAUGAAAUGUUCCACGAUAUUAAAAAAGAAAAAAAGAAAAAAAGAUUUUUGAAGCAAUAUACUUUUUUAUUUCUUCUCUUUGUUAGAGAGAGAAAAUGGGAAAGGAAACAAGAAAUAGUUGCAACUCUAUGAUUUGUCACUUCCACUUAAGCUUACGCCAGGCAGUUGUGCACCUUAGACACCUGACACAUCUGUAUACUAAUCAUAAAGACAUUUAAUCCCAUCACAUGGCUAGCUUUCAAGUGUAUUAUGGAAUGUUGGUGUUACCCACCUGACUUCAUCAGUGUCAACAAACACACAUUUCUACGGUUUAAUAUGAGUUAUUUUUAUUAUUAUUAUAUUGUUAUCAUUAUUAGUUCAUAACUAUCCAUGUCAAGAAAAGAGCUUUUCAUCAGAAUCUAAUCCAUUGACCUGAGUUGUGUGGUUCCAAGUGGCAAUGCUCAAAGUAACACUAAGCCUAUGUGACACAAUGCCUUUGUAUACAUGACAAAAAUCUGAACAUUGCAUGAAAUAAUCUGUUAGUGCACCUCUUAAAACUUGCCUUUGUUUUUAUGUUCUUGAACUACGUUGGGCAGUAUUGGAAUUGCAAUAAUUCAAUGUGAGAGGUGGGAGUAACUGUAUUUUGCUAUCACGGGACCACGGUAAGUCCGACAAAGUGGGGCGGUCCCCUAUCCAUAGUGCGCAUGAGAAUGAAGAGGGAGGGGGGAGGGAGGGUGUACUGUACCAGAGUAAUGACUGCUUCUUGAUCUGUAACAUUAAUUACAAAGCCAAAUGCCCCCUCUGCUGUUUGUACUGUAUCACUGCAAUUUAUUUUCCUCAGAAUGUACUGAUUUCAGCUGUGAAAUGUUCACUCGCCACAGAGUCAGUGGUGCCCAAAAUUGUAAAAGGCCGUUGGCAGAGAGUUGCACCUCUCUUUACCCUGUGUCCUUCAUUUGAAGCUCAACCCGAUUGGAAUCUCUCCACCAAAGGCAAGUUAAAUGUAAAACUGUCAUGAUCCAAGUCCUGAAUUGUAUAUAUCUAUCUUUGUAUGUAUACCAAUAAAUCCAGUGCUCUAAUAAAAACAAUACUCUGAAGCGAAAUGAGUAAAAUUAAAACAUUUGUAUUAAUCCACAGAUUUAAAAAACAAUCAUCACUCGAGAAUAUAUUAAUGUUUAUCACAUUUAAAUGAAAAAUAUGCAAAUUAGGAGUCACUGUUAACUAUCAUAGUGUAUAUAAGUACACCAUAUCUAGUUGUAUUAAACACCUUUUACCAGGGAAGAGCAGGGACAUACUGUAGGUAUGCUUGUUGUAUUUUUAUAUGCUUCUAUUUAUUCAUAUCAGGUUCAGGAGUUGCCCCGCAGCCCCAGUAAGAACUUGUAACAAUAGCUGAUUGAGUAGUCAGUGUGUCUGUGAGAGGUGUGCUCAGUGUAUGUAUUACCAACAGGAGAUAGUCAACUAGCCUGAGCUCCGUGCUCCUCUGGAUUAUUGAAUUUAUUGGCCAUUAAACUUAAGUACAGUGUGAUGUUAUGAGAAAUUAACAGGCGUUUGUUCCCCUAUUGUUUCUUAUAUUUUCUUUUAGGUGUAUAAGGAUGGUUAAGCUUCCGUUAAAGGCAGUGGUCAUUUUGACAUUGUACUUAUGUUACAGACAAGCAGGAAAUACAGUGUAGUGAAACACAGGUAGUAAGUGAGACUUCCUUCAGAUUCUGCUGUCAGUGUUUCCCCACAUUUCACCAUGUCAAAAUGCAAAUAUGAAAAAAAAAAAGAGUCUUCCUUUCUAUUAAAACACCAAAAGCAUAUCUCUGAUGCAGCAGUGUUUUAAUUGACUGACUUGAGGAUUUGGGUGACAGUGCUGCUCUUUGUGUCUGCAUUUGCUGCAGAUAAGCUAUGUUGCGAUGUGAAUGUUAAUUUUAAUUUGGAAGCCAUUGUUUUACUUUACAUACGUGCCAUGUCAUGCAGUCUGCAGAGAGAGUGGUUCAGAGGAGAAAGCUUUUGGUCAUUUAGAUGAAGAAACACUUCAUCUGACUCCGCGGUCAUCUGACUGUGAGCCUGUCAUUGCAAUACAUAUUUUUAUCACUGGAAUAGGAGCUAUAAUAUUUUCAUGUGGCUGUAAUUGUUCUGAGUCAUUCGCUCACGGCACAUAUUUAUCCCGCAUCACUGUGUGCGUUUUAAGUAUUUUCUUUCCAUCACUUUUAUGAAACACAAAGGAUUCUUUGCCCACUAUCCUAUAAUAACAGUGACAGUUGAAAUGAUAUAGGCAGCAUUAACUGUGACUGAAGAAAAAAAAAUAUUGUGCAAUCUCUGUUUCCUUCAUUGAUGGUCUUACAAGUGUGUGUCUUUGUUACUUUACAUGACAACUUUGCUGCUAUGACAUUAAAUAAACCUCCGAACCCUGCUGAUGCAAACUUUACGUGGAAUUGAUGUGGACACGCACGCUGGUCUCGCAUACGCACACGCAAACACACAAUCAAGCAGUGUGGUUCUCCUCUAACUUGCUCAUUGCUGAAACUGACACAGUGUCCAUGAAUUCCAGCUGAAACGCAUGACUCUGUCAUCGUGAGGUCGCAGCAACUCCGGCUAACAUUGACUGAUCAGCUACAUUCACUCUGUGCUUCCAAACCGACGGAGCACAUUCUGGGGGUCACACACAGGACAAAACACAGUAACGUAUGUUGCUAGGACACUGACAUGUAAACACACCGAAUCUGAGGAGGACUAAAAUGUUGGAAUUUUUUCUUAGAAACAUUCAAGUCUGUGUGUGUGUCAUCAUAACGUGUUUCUCGCCUCAUGGACGUAGAGCUGAACGAGCCUUUAUACCGACACUCUGCCACAGGACUGAACUAUUGGAAGGAAAUCAACUGAAGGGCUGGUAUUUUCCAAAUUGUGUCCAUGUCAACAACUUAUCUCAACGCUUCAAAUCCACCUCGCUCGCUUCUGUACAUACAGUCACUGCUGCAACGCAGACAUUUUGAUGCUGUAUUUAUGGCUUUCUUUCAGCAACCGAUGAAAAUGCUGAAUCUCAUCCAGGUUACGUACGUGCAGUUUUGAAUAAGAUGUGAGAGGACAUGUGAAUAGCCUCAUUCAUGUGAGCAAAAAUAAAGGUACAUGCAACUUUUGUUAUGCACUAAAGUACAGCCCCCUGCACAGUGUGAAACAGUAGUGGUGAUGCAGGGUCUAUUCUAUAAUUAAAGAAAAAGAAAAACAUACAUAAAUGUAUACAGUAUUGCACAAAUUCUGCCCAACUUGAUGUAUGUUUCAAGAAUUUACAUUUUAAAUAUGAUUUGUUUAUUGAAUUGAAAAACAUCUGCCAAUAUCUGUCUGUGGAAAUAUGAAAUAUGGUAUUGUCUCAUAAAAUCUCUUCAUCCCUUCA